AGUGCCGACGGAGGGUCUCUUUCCCAGGUUUAGAAAUUUUGAAAUAAUAGGCGCGUUAUUACUUAAAACUGCUCAUCCACCGACAAAUUAGUACAGUUUUCUUGAAAUAUCUUAAUCUAUAAGUUUGACGUGACGGUAUAUUUGACGAUUUAAUCAUGAGAGAAUGUAAACAACUAGUUGAAGCGUAAUCGUAUGAACGUGUAAAUAAAAAAAAAUCUAACUAAAUCGACUAUAUCUGACGAUUGUGAAUGGAAAUAUAUUCCGACGCGCGAUGUUUUCUCGUUCUUACCUUGACUUCGAAGAGAAAUCGCAACCAUGAGAAGUGGUGCCUUGUGCUGUCGUGACAGAUUUUUCGCUUCAGUGCUCUCGGUAGCAGUUUGCCGACUUUGCCACGUGAAAAGUGCGUACUUGCUGGUAUGGUGGCGAUAAUAAAAAUUUACUUAUCUUGCAAUUGUCGGACAAUGUUUCACGGAGUAAUAGCGGUGUGAGGUUAAGUUCGAAAGCGUCCUUUUUAUAACUGGUCGUCCCUACGGUACAUUUUCGUGUUGAUUUAAGUCAUCCCGGCGUGAUUCAUCGAGAAGCCGCUUUCUUUCAAACGCCCCGCCUUUUCCAGAUAAUUGAGAAGAUACCACGAUAUUAUAAACUGUGAAAAUAACAAAGUGAUUAACUGUGAUUAUUACGAAGAAAAGUUAACGCCAAGUAGCAAGUGACGCAUGCGCGUUAAUUGCUGUCGCUUGUCUUCCGCAUGUGGAUCGACUAUUCGAACGUGAUUGAAUUGCCUCGUCGAAGUAGCAGUUCGCGGUGCGUUAACGCCGCGCAAAAAGAAGAAUGGAGUCAACGACAACGAAGACAAAGCCGAACCCGAGGGAAAAGGCGAACAUCGUGUCGGUGUUGCUAUGGUGGUGGACGAUCGAUUUGUUUCGAAUGGGCUACACGAGGGCCCUAGAAAUAGAGGAUUUGUAUGAACCCUUAAAGGAAGACCGAUCGAGUUUGCUCGGAGAUAAGUUGGAAAAACAAUGGAAUAUCGAGCUGGAAAACUCGAAGAAACGGAAGCGCAGGCCGAGCCUGCUGAAAGCCAUCUUCCGCACAUUCCUACUGGAUUAUUGCAAUAUCGCGCUAGUGCAGUUAAUAGUAGAGUUCGUUAUAAGACUGGGUACGCCGCUCCUGCUGGGAGGUCUCCUGCGCUACUUUCGGAAGGAUGCCGUGGAAUCGUACGAGGUCGCAUUGUGGUACGGAGUUGGCAUCUGCAUGGCGACCGCCAUGAACGUGAUAGCUUUCAAUCAAGCGAUUUUCGGCAGUUUCCACAUAGGCUCGAAAGUUCGCGUGGCUGUUUGCUCCGUUGUGUACCGAAAGGCCCUACGACUGAGCAAAACGGCGCUAGGAGAGACGGCGCCGGGCAAGGUGGUCAAUUUGGUAGCCAACGAUGUUAAUAGAUUCGAAUUGGUUUCUGUUACUAUUCAAUACAUGUGGGCGGCGCCUUUAUCCUCCUUGAUUGUGGCGUAUAUUCUCUACUUGGAAGUCGGAUAUCCUGGCCUCAUCGGUAUCGGCGUCAUCUUCACGGUUGUACCGAUUCAAUCUUAUACCGGCAAGCUCACGUCGAAGUUUCGGCUGCAGACCGCCAUUAAGACCGACGAGCGAGUCCGGCUGAUGGACGAGAUCAUUUCAGGUGUGCAGGUGAUCAAGAUGUACGCCUGGGAGAAGCCGUUCUGCGCCUUGGUCGAGCUGGCGCGCAGGCUGGAGCUGCGGGUGGUCACCAAGAGCUCAUAUAUUCGCGGUAUCUACAUGACCUUCAACCUUUUCACUACGAGAAUGGCGCUUUACGGCACGCUCGUCCUCCUGCUCAUGUCCGGCCACGAGUUGACCGCCGACAAGGUCUUCGUCGUGUCAUCCUACUUCAAUGCCCUCUCCUUCUGCAUGUCCAGCAUGUUCGUGCGAGGCAUCGCCGAGCUGGCCGAGUGCCUGGUAGCCGUACGAAGACUCCAGAAUUUCCUCAUUUACGAAGAGUACCAGAGCAGCAAUGUUAUCAUCUGCAAACAGUCGUCCAGCAACCAUAACAAUCAUAAGAUUAAUUCCGAAUCCGACAAAAUUUCCGAGCAAGAUAUACCUUAUAUCGAUACCAACGUGGAGAACCACGAGGUUCUGGAGAACGACGAUAUGGAGAAACGAAAUGGAAUAAUCGAUAUCAUGACCGAUUCUGACCAUUCUAUUAUAAGGAAAGAAGAAUCCCAAGUGCACAGUUGGGCCGUUAAAAUGACCGACGUUACCGCUAAGUGGGAAGUGGGCCAGUUGGAGAACACAUUGAAGGAUUUAAAUCUGCAAAUAGAAAAAGGCAAGCUGUACGCGGUCAUCGGCAUGGUGGGCAGCGGAAAAAGUUCUCUACUGUCCACGAUUUUGGGCGAAAUCGACCUGGUAAAAGGGGAGACGAGGGUCAAGGGUAGCGUGAGCUACGCUAGUCAGGAAGCUUGGGUGUUCGGCUCAACCAUCAGACAGAACAUCCUCUUUGGACAGGAUUACGACCGUCACCGGUAUCAGAAGGUGAUCAAGGCUUGUGCUUUGUUGAAAGACUUCCAGCAGUUUCCACAAGGCGAUCUUACCGUCGUAGGUGAACGAGGUUGCUCGUUGUCCGGCGGUCAGAAAGCUAGGAUCAACUUGGCUAGAGCCUUGUACAGGCAAUCGGAUAUCUAUCUGUUGGAUGAUCCUUUGAGCGCAGUUGACGCACACGUGAGCAAAUACUUGUUCCAUGAAUGUAUUGAGAAAUAUCUGGCCGGAAGAACGACGAUCUUGGCGACGCAUCAAUUGCAGUACAUUAAGGACGUGGACGGCAUUAUACUUCUUGAACAAGGCAAGAUGAAAUAUUUUUCGCGGUAUCAGGACUUGUUAGCUUACCAACCUGAGUAUAGUGUACACUUGUCGGGGGAGGACGAGGAGAAUUGUAAGUUGUCGAUGCAGAAGAGAAAUAGAGGACAACAGCCCUUUAUUUCAAGUAGCAGAAAUAGCGUUUCGGAAAUCAGCGAGAUAGAAGACGACGAGGAAAAUGAAAGUGCUACAAGUCAGAAAGCCGGUAUCGAAGAGACAUCACGCGGCGUGGUCAAGGGCUCUCUGUUUAUCGAAUACUUCCAAAUUGGUAGCAAUUUAUACAAAGCCAGCUUCGUCCUGUUCCUAUUUAUCGUCACGCAAGUGAUUGUCAGUCUCAAUGACUACUUUGUGCCUAUUUUGCUCGACGCCGAGGAAAAGCGACAUCUAGCUAACUUCGCGAGUGACAACCGAACGAACGUCUCCACGAACGCGACGAGUCUCGACACGGACAUACUGCCGGUGACCACGUAUGUCUAUAUCUACACGGGUAUCGUGCUGGGCGUCUUCGUCGUAGGCAUCACCAGAUCGAUCUUCUUCUACAAAAUGUGCAUGACGUGCAACCAGCGUUUGCACGAUCUAAUGUUUAACGCGCUGAUUCGCACGGGGAUGCGCUUCUUCGACACCAAUCCGAGCGGCAGGAUUCUCAACAGGUUCUCCAAGGACAUGGGCGCGAUCGACGAGCUGCUACCGAAAGGAAUCUUGGACGCCGGCCAGAUGAACAUGAUGAUGAUCGGCUCAUUGUUGGUAACCUCUGUAGUCAGUCCGUUCCUCAUCGCGCCUAUCGGGCUGAUGUUUAUAAUAUUCCACUGGUUGAAGAAGGUCUAUCUCAGUACUAGCAAGAACGUCAAGCGACUGGAAGGAAUGACACGUUCACCAGUGUUCACUCAUAUAAGCGCUACGUUGAACGGCUUGCCCACUAUCAGAGCGUACCACAUCCAAUCGAUACUUAAGGAAGAAUUCGACAAGCUGCAGGAUCUACACACGUCCAGCGUGUACAUGUACAUCCUGACGAGCACGGCUUUUGCGUUUUGUCUGGACGUAUUUUGCCUUGUGUUGGUCACCGUCGCCAUUUUCACCUUUUUGCUAAUGAAGGACUCGUUUACUGGUGGAGAGGUGGGAUUGGUAAUAACGCAAAUCAUGGCGAUCACCGGCUACAUACAGUUUGGGAUGCGGCAGAAUGCGGAGGUGGCAAACCAGAUGAUGGCGGUGGAACGCGUGAUCGAUUACAUUCAGCUACCGCCGGAGCCAAACCUCAGGGACAGAGGGUUAUUUUUGAAGAAGAAGAACAAGCAAGAACCGGCGUUGCCGGCCAACACUCCCAAAAAUUGGCCCUUAAUGGGCAACAUCGAGUUCAAUAACGUCUACAUGCGCUACGCGAACGAGUUCCCGCCUGUCCUCAAGGGGUUGAACAUCGUGAUCCCUGCGGGAGAGAAGAUCGGUAUCGUGGGAAGAACGGGCGCGGGAAAAUCAUCGCUGAUAUCGGCGUUAUUCCGAUUGGCGAAAGUGGAAGGUGUCAUCGAUAUCGACGGCACGAAUACGGGCUCGAUAGCCUUGGAGGAUCUGCGACGCAGGAUAUCCAUCAUCCCUCAGGACCCAGUUUUAUUCUCGGGCACUCUGAGGCGUAAUCUGGACCCCUUCGACGAAUUUCCGGAUAAAGACUUAUGGGACGCGCUCGAAGAGGUUGAGUUGAAAGACGCGAUCAGUAAUGCUGGAAACGGAUUGGAAAGUCGCGUAUUCGAUCGAGGCUGUAACUACAGCGUCGGGCAAAAACAGCUAGUGUGUUUGGCGAGGGCUAUCUUAAGGAAUAAUCGUAUAUUGAUGUUGGACGAAGCGACCGCGAAUGUGGACCCGCAUACGGACGCAUUGAUUCAGCGCACGAUCAGGAAGAAAUUUGCGACCUGCACGAUGCUCACAGUGGCACAUCGGCUGAAUACCAUCAUGGACAGUGACAAAGUCCUAGUGAUGGAUAAGGGUUGUAUGACUGAAUACGACCACCCUCACAUAUUAUUGCAAAAUAGUCAUGGUCAAUUUACCUCAUUGGUGAAGGAGACUGACAUGUACGAUCAAUUAGUGAAAGUGGCGAAACAGUCUUACAUAGAUAAGUACGGUGAAACGCAAUGAAACGGUUGGGUAGGCAAGCAGGUAUUUAGAUAAUACAUUUUUGUCAACUAAAUCUUUCGAAUAUUCUCCACUUUUUUAAUAUCGACCGCUUAUGAAGCAUAUAGAUAUACUAGAUAUAUAAUAUAGGAUAUAUUAUAUACAGAUAUAUAGGUAACACAGACUAUAUAUAAAAUUAUAUAGAUGAGAGAAAAAAAAUAUAGAGUAUUUAAGCGGAAGAUACAGGCAAACAUAAACUGACGGCUGUUAGUAGAUUCGACAGCCCUGACAGAUUUCUCGCAAGUCGAGGUAUAUUAAAAUUUAAGACACAAAUAGCUAGAUACUAAUACAGGAUCUUCCAUUAAGAGGUUUCAUUUUAAAUUUCGAUAAAAAUGCUGACAAAUCUUUUUUGGCCUGAAAUUGAAGAACUGGACCUGGACGAUGUUUAUUUUUAGCAAGAUGGGGCUACAUGCCACAUAAGCUGUGAAAUGAUCGUGUUAUUACGUAAGAAGUUUUCUGGACGUAUUAUUUCGUGUAACGGAGACUUCAAUUAGCUGUGUAGAUUGUGCGAUUCGACACCGCUGGACUUUUUCCUUUGGGAUUAUGUGAAGGAUAAGAUUUACACUAAUUCUCCGAACUGUUAUUGGCAAAAUUGAGUCACAAUUAUGCGAAAACGUAAUGGAAAAUUUCCUCAAAAGAAUAAUAAUUUAAAAUAAAACUUCUUAAUGGAAAAUCCUGUAAUUUAGAUAAUAUAUUGCGUGAUUAUCAUUAUGCUCAUUACUACUGAAGAAAAAUCAGUAGAAACGUGCCGAACGUUCAAAGAUUUAUAUCUUAGCAUUAUCAUGUUUAAUGAUAAUCUUUAUGACGUUAUUUUCAAUUUGGUUGGAAUGUCACGUACAAAGCCUCUUAAUGUGAAUAAUUAUUUUAUUAUUUUAUUUUCAAGUACUUAUAUAUUUUUGCUAUGAACUUUGCUAUUUUUCUAUUAUUCACUUAUACUUCUGAAUCUCUUACCAUAACAUGUUAACUGAACUUACAACUAAUAAACAAAUAAGAGCCUCAAAACAAAUACAAGAUAAUCCAAGCCACUAGUUUGAGAACAAAAUAUUUAAUUUUUUGCACUAUAUAUAGUUGAAAUAUUUUUGUAAACAACAUUUGUACUAAUACAAAUAUGUACUUUACUAUAUACUAAUACAAAUAUGUACUUUACUAUAUACUAAUACAAAUAUGUACUUUACUAUAAUACCAAUUCCAACCUUGAUACCAAAAUCAAUUUUAAUGAUAAUUAAUUGUUAAAAGAAAUAAAAAUAAUAUAGUAUAUAUAAUAUAUUGUUAUAUAAUAAAUAUUAUUAUUAAGCAUGAUAUCACGCAUUGUUACGAGUAUUUUUGUCGAAUAUAUAUGAU